AUGGCCGACCGAAGAGACAUCAAACCCCGUCUCGGUGGCCCAGAGAUGACUACCGCGCAGCUAUUCCGGCUAGACGGCCGCACCGUGCUGAUCAGCGGUGGAGCAGGCGACCUGGGCCUGGCAGUGGCGGAGAGCGUGCUGGAAACCGGGGGCGACGUGGUAUGCCUCGAUCUGCGGGAGACGCCGCCCGCCGAGCCAUGGGCCCGUCUCGAGUCCCUCGCCGCCCAGCACGGCACCCAAAUCGCCUACCACCAAGCCGACGUCACCGACGCCGACCGUAUCAGCGCUGUCUUCGCGGGUCUACGCCGUCUGCGGUACCCGCUGCGUGGCGUGGUCGCCUGCGCGGGCAUCGGCAAUAGCACGUCGGCGGUCAACUUUGACGUCGCCAAGUUCCGGCGCACGCUAGAUGUGAAUCUCACGGGGACAUUCUUGGUCGCGCAGGCGGCUGCGCGCGAGAUGCGCCGGCAUGGGCAGAGUGGGAGUAUGGUGUUGGUUGCGAGUAUGGCGGGAUCUGUGGCGAUGAGGGGCUCCGACGUCGCCGACUACGAAUCGUCCAAAGCUGCCACUAUUGGACUUGGUCGUUCGCUCGCCAAGGAGUGGAGCAGCCAGGCUGGAUUCCCGCUGAUUCGCGUCAACACCCUCAGUCCAGGAUACAUCAAGACAGGGAUGCUCAACCCGAUGCUGCGGGCUUUCCCGGACGCCGAGAAGAAUAUAGCCGAUUUGAACAUGAUGAACCGGCUGUCGUUUGCCGACGAGUACCGAGCGCCGGCGGUAUUUCUGCUCGCCGAUGGCAGUGGGUUUAUGACCGGGGCGGAUUUGAAGGUCGAUGGGGGACACACGGCCUGGUGA